AUGGUUGCACUCAGAAGCAAAUCCACCCACAAGGAACAAGAGGAGAUUGAGGGGCUUGAUGAAAUUCUAAGUGAUGAUGAACAUGGUGCUGACAUUCAAAACCAGCCCAGGCCCUCCAAACCAGGUGAAAAGCGGCAAACCAUAGCCUUCCAGGAAUCAACAACCAGGCCCGUGCCCUUCAAACCAAUGCCCAACCUCAUUUUGGCUCCUUCUAUCUCGGGGCAGCAAUCUGUAGGUGUAAAAGAAGUGGACAAAGUCAGUCCCCGGCAUGCUUCUAUUACACACAAGUCUCAGAGGAGGUUCCUUGCUGGGUUAUGUACUAAGGAGGAAUACCUGAAGUUGGUGGAUGCAGUGUACCAACUAUCAAAGGACAGGCCUGGGCCCGGCUCCCAGAGUAAUAGCCAGCCAGAGGAUUACUUGGACUACUGGCCAUCAUGGGCCUCAUGGGGCUAUGUCCACAGCAUGAUUCCAUUAGAGAUUCAUCAAGGCAAUGGAACUCAAAACCUGUUGAGGUGGCUCCACGUGCAGCCUUAUCUACAUCACCCGGGGUCCCAGGACAGCCACACAGGUAUCAGGGGCCAUACAGCUAUGGCCCUGAUAUGUUUGGCAGUAGAAAUGCUGCUCUGGGACCUUCUCCAAUUUGUUGAUGAGGACAACAACCUGACGUGGUCAUACAUUGAGUUUGCCAUGGUGGGCAAAACUAUCCUCCCAUUUUGCAGGGACAUGACCACUGCAAUACAAAAUAGCUUGGAAUCCGCCUUCCCUGACAAGGCAAGGCCUCUACUCAGGAUGGUGACAAGGGCAAUGCAGAUGGAUGGGGAACCCAGGAACAUUGCACACAGGACAAGGUCAGGUAAUAGUCCAGUAAAGCGGCUUUAA